AUGGGCCGGUGGAGAGAACUUCUGCCUGUUCUGGCAGCCCUGGCUCCUUUGUCCAGCGCUAUGGAGAUAACUAGCACAUUUACGACCGUUUUUCCAACCACUAGCAUCGUCACUUCCUCGUCUGCCGUCGCGGGAUGCACCGUUGCGUCUUCCAUGCAGAUCGCCUGUAGCAAUGGAUACUAUAACACAUGGGGGGCAGUGUGGCAGGAGACCUGCGCAGCCUCGUACAGUGGUGGCAGCAUCCUCCUGAGCAGCUCGGGCCUUUCACUGCGGGCUUGUGUGUCGGCCUGUAGUGUGCGACCUGCCUGUAGCGGAGCUUUGUUUAUUCCCAAUAUGUGUUAUCUACUCCAGGGCGAUGUGACCAUCACUCCCGGCGGACCAUACCAAGCAGCAAUCCGUUAUGCGCCCACGGCCAGCCCUUGUGUCUCGAGCUGGCUGGUUACAGAAACGUACACGGUCACUUCGACGGGAGAAGUAGUUUACACUGUGACGCCGAGUUCUACCACGUCUGCUACGUUGACUCCGACUCCCACCCCCGUGGUGCCUUCUUUGACACCUUCUAAGACGCCUACUUCGACGCCUUCUAAGACGCCUUCUAAGUCGCCUUCUAAGACGCCUUCUAAAACGCCCACGUUGACGCCUACUUCAACACCUACUUCAACACUUACUUCGACGUCUACUUCGACGCCUUCUAAAACGCCGUCGAGCACCUCUUCCUCGACACCACUGAUCCAGUCGUCGACCGUCACUUCUACAAGAUCUAGCCCGGUGUCUUCUCCUAUAUUGUCGUCGUCGACUCGGUUGAUUCCUACUUCGGUUAUAUCUUCCGUAUCUACAGGCUCUUCUUCUGUCAUUUCUACUGGGUCUUCCCCUUCUACUAUUACUUCCACUUCUUCCACUUCUUCCACUUCUUCUACUUCUUCUACUUCUUCUACUGCUUCUUCUUCUAAUGCUUCUUCUACUGCUUCUUCUACUGCUUCUUCUACUGCUUCUUCUACUGCUUCUUCUACUGCUUCUUCUACUGCUUCUUCUACUGCUUCUUCUUCUACUGCUUCUUCUACUGCUUCUUCUACUGCUUCUUCUACUGCUUCUUCUACUUCUUCUUCUACUUCAUCUUUUUCUCUUUCCGCUCCCACUUCUAUCCCAUCUUCUGGAUCUUCCAUCACUUCGUCUGUUCUCUCCUUUUCGUCCGCUCCUUCUUCGUCUCCCUCGGACUCUUCAUCUACCAGCUCAUCCCUAGGCAGUUCAUCAACUGCUUCUAGCCAAUCUUCUUUGUCGCUAUCGACCUCUUCAGGUCCAUCUGUUCCUCCAACCUCAUCCGGGGAGUCUGCUUCUCCAAACGCAUCUGCGACCACCAGCUCAACCGUGCUUGCCACCACAACUGUCACACCCAGUGGAUCAUCUUCUUCAACUCAGUCCUCGGAGGAAUCAAGCGGAAGCACACCAAGUACUUCAACCUAUACUGUCACGGCAACUGAGGUCCACACAAUCACUUCUUGUGCUGCCGCCGUUACCAAUUGCCCCGCGCACCAACAGACGACAUACUUGACCACCGAGACAAUCACCUAUGUCACCACAGUUUGUCCCGAAGACGCUCAAACCACAGCUCCUUAUGCUACAGGCUCUGCGACGACUAUUUCUCAUACUAGCGUGGUUCAGACCGCCAACCCCAAACACACCACUACGCAGAUCGCCGGUGCUUCUUCAACUCAGGGCAUAGAAAUUGGUGUGCCUCCUUCGCAUAUGACUACCUCAACCAUCUAUGCUACGGAGAUUGACGUAGUCACCGCCUGUCCGCCUUCCGUCCAGAACUGUCCCGUCGGGCAGAGAAGUACUUACACCACGAGCAAGACUGUUGCUAUCUAUACGACGACGUACUUGGUUGUGGUCACGGAUUCUGCACAGGUCUCUCAGUCUACCAACGCCUCGGUGCAGCCCGUGGCAGUCCCUACUGUCUUAUUCGCGCAUCCGCAUGUUCCCGGCCACGGGCCAACUGGUGACACCAAAUACACUAUGUCACAGGCUCCAUCCUCUAGCGCCUGGAAAGCCGGGGUCGCAUCCUCUGGGUCCACCCAAGCGGCUACGCACGCCACAACGAUGAACACUGUUUCCGGGCAAACAACCUCUUCUGUGACGAGUGCCCCUGGCAGCCUCUUUACCGGAGGCGCACCCAAGAUGGGGCAUUUCUCUACCCUGUUCACCGUGCUCGCUGUGCUGUCCACUCUCUUUUUCUUUUAG